AUGGAGGUGUUUGUGCGUGGGCCAGACAGGUACGUUACGGACGCGGUGCUUCGUGGGGAAAUUCUUGAUUUGCCACCUUACACAGCCAUAAGGGGAAAAAUGAAGAUGCACGCGAGCUUACGGAGCACAGUGCGGGCUCCUGCGGAAAGACCCAUUGACGCGUUCGUAAUUUUCACCAGUGGAGCCGCUGGUGUCAACAUACUUUUGAGGGAAGUCUCGUUCAGCAAAAUUGUGUUGUUUUGGCCAACUUAUCCCAGCAAUGCGUCGCGGAGAGAACUCGACAGCGCCCACCCUGGCUGUUGCGGCGCUCCUUCCACCCUUCGACGCUGUGCGGUGGUCUCCUCGGUGGGGUGA